AUGACCGACGUUUUACAAUAAACUGUCUUUGACGUGAAACAGAACAAUAAAUGAAUUAUUCAAUAAAAACACAUUUUAUUUUCGUCAAAUUCAACUUGAAGUGUUAGAGAUUUGAGUAAAUAUUGUAAUUUGAGAAGAUGGUAAGUUUAGAUUGGAACAGGAAAAGAUAACAAUAUCUUGAGAUAUGAAUACUAACGAAAUAUAGUCGUAUUAUCAACAAGGCCCACCUCCGCAAGGCCCACCACAAGGUUACUACCAACAAGGCCCACCACAGGGAUAUUAUCAACAACAGCAACAACCAAUGUAUGUCCAGCAACAACCUCAAAAGCUGGGAGGGGGAUGUUGUUCCGCGUUCUGUGGAUGUUGUGCGGCUAUAAUCUGUUGUUGUUGUGCAGAAGAAUGUUUGGGUGCUGCUUUAGGUUAA